GGCCGAGGCGCGGGGCUCCCACGAGUGGCUGCGUCGCCGUCGCGCUCGGAACGAUGUCUGGGGGUCUCCUGAAGGCGCUGCGCAGCGACUCCUACGUGGAGCUGAGCCAGUACCGGGACCAGCACUUCCGGGGUGACAAUGAAGAACAGGAAAAAUUACUGAAGAAGAGCUGUACAUUGUAUGUUGGAAACCUUUCCUUUUAUACAACUGAAGAACAAAUCUAUGAACUCUUCAGCAAAAGUGGCGACAUAAAGAAAAUCAUUAUGGGCCUGGAUAAAAUGAAGAAAACUGCAUGUGGGUUCUGCUUUGUGGAAUACUACUCAAGAGCAGAUGCAGAAAAUGCCAUGCGGUACAUAAACGGAACUCGACUGGAUGACCGGAUCAUUCGCACAGACUGGGACGCGGGCUUUAAGGAAGGCAGACAGUACGGCCGUGGGCGGUCUGGGGGCCAGGUACGAGAUGAGUACCGGCAGGACUAUGAUGCCGGGAGAGGCGGCUAUGGAAAACUGGCCCAGAACCAGUGAGCGGUGAGAGACCCAUCGUGAAAUCUCUCCUUUGGCCUGUUGAGUUUGUUAAUAUGCGUUACCCAGAGCCUGCACACCUGCCCUUUUGACCAGCCUUUCAUCAUUGUGUCUGCUGAGCUGGAAGCCUCUUCAAUGGUCCUCUUCUGAAAACUUCAAAUCUUAGAAUCUGCGCCAUGCGAGGUUACCAGAAGAAUUUUCUUUAUAACAGGUCAAAAAUUGUGAUUGGCAACAGAUUUAUUCUGUAAUGUUGAUUACUCUAUGGGCCCAAACACCGUGUUUCUUUUAGGAAGAUGAGAAAAAUUUUUACCAUAUUUCAGUCCAUGUAGGUUUUUGAUCUAUACUUGGGUCUGGAGUGGUUUUUUGUUUGCCUGAGAUAUAUCUGUGUUCAAUAGAUAGGAGUUUUGCUAUGCCACACAGCUGUGCUCCAAAGUAGAAACAGAUGUUGAAGAGAUGAACUGGUUUUCGGUGUUGGUAUUCUAGCUCUGUAAGCGGAAUUUAGGAGCCAAGGGAACUUCAUAAACAACUAGUGCAAAAGUAAGCCUUAAUGCCAGAGAUAUCACCCACUCCAGUGCUUCACCUGUUGGGAAAUUAAGACGAUGAACUUGAACGGUAUUUACUCAGUACAACUUUUCAAAAGUCAUAAGUUGUACCCAAAGCUUUAAAAUUAAAAACCCAACAAACCGACAAAAAGGGUAGUGUAUACUAUGAGAAUCUCAGAUGUUCUUUAAGUUGGUUGGGUGGGGGAGGAGCACUAGGGGUAGGAAAGAAGCUGUCAGGGAAAGAAGCUAAAACAAUGCCUUUGCAAAAUGAAGGUUGCAGUGAGGGUCAUGUUUACGCAGUUUCUGAGCGAUCUUAGGAGUGGAGUGAUUUUACAGCAUAAGGGCUGAGAGAAUGCUGAACAAAAACAGAAGUGUUUCCCUUGGGAAAUGUGUUUCGGCCAAAUUUCCGUACUGAACUCUGUUUUGGUUUUUCUCUAAUGUUACUUUUGAGUUUCAGAGCCAUGGCAGCGAGCUGGUGGUCUUUACAGAGAGAGGGGACUUUAGAGAAGGUAGAUUUCCAAUUGUAAGGCAAGGUGAAUCCUCUCUAAUGUGAAUGCUUGCUCAUUGAAACUACCUGUCUUUUAUCAUUUCCCCAAAGUGAACUUUUUUUCACGCGCAAGUUUGUGACUGUGGAGGCUGAAGGCUCUCAAUGUGAGCAACUUUCACGUUACACUAAGUGUAAAUUUUCUCCUUUCGUUCAAACUGGUCAUUCGAAUUUUUAAAACUGUAGUUGUAGUGCGAAUGUUUAAUUUAAUGAUAUACUUUUUUAAAGUUUCUUUUUACACUGUAGUUUGAAUUAAUGUCUUUUAUAUUAUUUUGUAAUAAAACAACUCAGAUUUCUACAGGCCUUAAAACCACAGAUAGUGGUUCCUAUUUGAAUUGUAUCUUCUGUAAUAGAUUUCAAUAAAGUUGGACCAACUUA